UUAGACUGCAAAGGAAGAGAAAGAAAGGAAAAAGCUCCCCAAGCAUCAAGAGUUUUCUAGCCAUAUGCAUGUAAAAAUUUCUUCCCCUGCCACGUGACAGAGGAAGAGGCUCAGACCCAUUACACAAUAAUAAAAAUAUGCCUUUGGCAAAGUUGAGCCAAAACUUGGAGCUGCUGCAGGAAGCUAGGAACACACGCAAAAAGGAGUAAAACAUAAAUAAAAAAGACAGAAGAAGUCAAAAUUGCAUGUCCCCCUCAGAAGGAAGCUGCUGCAGCAGGACCGGGGGGGUCGCGCUCUGCUGCCUGACAGUGAUUUGCAGCAAAAACAUCUGCUUACAAUUCUGUAGGUUUCCAGUGCACAUCAAGAUCUAACUGAAGAGUUUUGUCCUGGUGGGUUGUGCACAGAGAGGACCUCUGAGUCUGAGCAUCUUCUCUAAGCUGCUGAUGCAUCUGAGCACUAUUUCAAGAUAUCACGACGAGGAGUUACUCAGCACUUGCAUGUGCUGCACCAUGAUCUCUGCUGUCCUUCUCCUCUGGACUGUGCCCUGUGUGGCAAACCACAUCCUCAGCGGCUUUGUCAAGGGAGGGUUGCAGGAAGGGCCCCAGCAGCUGGCGUGCAGUGUGCCAGGACCUCCCGGUCCCCCUGGCUCCCCCGGAACCCCCGGCUCUCCGGGGACGGUCGGCAGAAUGGGCUUCCCUGGCAAAGAUGGCAAAGACGGCAAGGACGGGGACAAGGGAGAGCACGGUGAUGAAGGCCCACAAGGCAGAACAGGAAACCCAGGCAAGCCAGGACAGAAGGGGAAAGCAGGAGCGGUGGGCAAGGCAGGCCCACGAGGGCCAAAGGGUUUAAAGGGCAAUCCCGGAAAAAAUGGAGCACCAGGGAAGAAAGGGCCCAAAGGGAACAAGGGCGAGACAGGGAUGCCGGGACCCUGCACCUGCAAUGCCAGAGCAGCCAAAUCUGCCUUCUCUGUGGCUGUCUCAAAAAGUUACCCAAGGGAAAGGCUGCCCAUCAAAUUUGACAGGAUCCUGAUGAAUGAGGGAGGACACUACAAUGCUUCCAGCGGGAAAUUUAUAUGCGGCAUUCCGGGUAUUUACUACUUCACUUAUGAUAUCACUUUGGCCAACAAACAUCUGGCCAUUGGCUUGGUCCACAAUGGGCAGUACCGAAUCAAGACCUUUGAUGCCAACACUGGUAACCACGACGUUGCCUCGGGAUCAACUAUUCUUUCUCUGAAGCAGGAGGAUGAGGUAUGGCUGCAGAUCUUUUACUCAGAACAAAAUGGGCUCUUUUAUGAUCCUUACUGGACAGACAGCUUAUUUACUGGCUUCCUGAUAUACCCUGAUCAAGAUUAUCUCAAUGAAAUCUAGGAUGAGAGGCUAUUCUGUGGGGGAAAAGUAGGAAAUGCAUAUGAGAGCUCAUUCCAGCAAAGUAUAGCCUGUACAUGGACAUGCGUGGGAUUCUCACAUGAUUCCACAUUCUUGGAGCUAACAGCCUGUAUUGGCUAUUUGGAUAUUUACUUGAUGUCACCAAAUAUUCCACAGGGUGCCAGGAUCAAUAGGACCCACUUUAAAAUAGUCUCAUGUGUCUCCAAUCUCCAAGCCACCUCUUAUGUUUUCCAUGGCCAUUCCAAUGUGCCAUGGACAUGCAACUUUAACACUGGUGCAGAACGUUUUGAUUAUUUUAUUAUUAUAAAGUAUGCAGGCAAAAUCCCAUUUCCUGAAAACCUAUUUGGAAGGGUCAUUGACAUUGCAGACCAUAUCAGUGCCCCUCCCUCUCCAAAAAUAAUAAUCCUUAUUGACACAAAGUUAAGCUUCCCCAGCUAGUUAGAAGUCAGGAAGCUGUCAGCUAACAUUAUAAAAGUAACCAUAAUCCUCAGCCUUAUCAAAGCAGUACUAAUAAGCAAAGGUGUCCAGUCUAAAUGGAAAACAACACAAACAAAUGAUCUCUUCUUUUUUAAAGCUGAAGGUAAAAUUUGUAGGACAGAAGCUGCUCCACUGAGCACUAGUGGCAUUUCUCAGAUUUCAUCCACAAUAUGCAAUAACCAAUGGUCACUUGCCCUGGAGUCCUGCAUUCGCUUUUAGACAGGCACCCGUAAAGCUAUGACCGGAGCGUGGCCUGGACUGUGCAAGCCAAAUACCUGCAGGACUCAGAUCCAGAUCGGAGUGUGAACACUGCAGAUAAGACUAAUUUGAGAACAUGAACCUUUACUCCAGAAAAAGGUUUAAUUCCCCCUUCCCUUCAUCCCUGCCAGCUUUUACUGUAAGGAGAUACUUCUGGUGCUAUUGAGAUGCUCUUCAAGGGCUUGAUACUACAAAUAGACCCUAUCUUACUGAUGAUAGGCUCUUCCCUCUUCUCCCCCAUAUCACAUAUUACAGAUGCUCCAAAAGUCAGCAAUAUCUGUAUUGUACGGAAAAAACAGAAAAGUCAGAAGCUGAGGUACUGAGUGUUUUUUUCCCCAUAUCAGCUAAAACAGGGGCAUGCUGCAAAAUGGUUCAUUAUUAUUAUAUCAAAGGAAAUUCUCCUGCUAUAAAGCUGCUGAAUCUGGCUGCCUUGCUCCAGGAUGCCCAAACACACACUACGAUACAGAGGUCUCCGUCUUGGUAGCCAGAUGGGAGGAUCCUGUCUUCCUUGCUAUCAGAUGUGCCAUCUUGGUUUCCACAGUCAAUUCCACAGCCAUUUCUCAUCUCCAUAUGAAAACUCAUAUGAAGUUCCAGUUCCUCUAAGCCUCAUAUUUAGGCAUUGAAGGGAGAUUCGUUAUGAACAAACAAGGAUUUUUUUUAAUCUUACUUUCAUAAGUCAAAAUGUUUGCAUGAUUUUCGAGAACUAUAGUAAUUGUGUUGUAACUUGCAAAAUCGUUUCAAAUACAUUUUAUAAAAUAAAGCAGAACUAAAAUACUA